AUGCAGGUGGUUGUUGUGGACUUUACAACAUGCCUGACGGUGGAGGAAGCUGUAAAAGAUCUGAUGCACCAGGAGGAGUACCACAGGGCCACAGCUCAGAGAGGUGUCCUUGAGCAUGGCAGAACAGGGGAUGGAUUUGAACUUAUGUUUGGCAUCAACCAUCUUGGCCAUUUCCUGUUAACCAACCUGCUGUUAGAACGGCUGAAGGAGAGCGGACCCAGCAGGGUCGUGAAUGUGUCGUCUUUGGCGCACGACUUUGGAAACAUUGAUUUUGACUGUCUGAACUCCCACAAAGCUCUGGGGACAGGGACGUCUUUCAUGCACAGAUUCCAAAUCUACUCUGACAGUAAGUUGUGCAAUAUUCUGUUCACCCACGAACUGGCCAAGAGACUGCAAGGAACCAAAGUCACCUGCUACUCCCUCCACCCAGGGUGUGUCAGAACUAAGCUGCUCAAGGAUGUAAAUCCAUUUUUACGAACACUCAUGAUACCUGUGGAAGUUCUGUUUAUCAAGAACACCACCCAGGGAUGCCAGACCACCCUGCACUGCGCUCUGCAGGAGGGCAUUGAACAUCUCAGUGGGCGUUACUUCUCCAACUGCACUGUGAAGGAAGUCGGCGCUAAAGCCAAGGAUGAUGCAACAGCAACAAAGCUGUGGGAGAUCAGCAACAAGUUUUGUGAACUUUAA